AUGGCCGCGGAGCAGGCCCAGCUUUGCUGCGCCACCGACAGCGGCGGCGCCAGCGCCAGCAAGCGCGACGCCGCCAUGCCGGUGGCGGUGGCCGUGUCCCUUUGCCUCCUCCACGACGCGCUCGGCGUCGCGCUGUUCCUCGCCUCCCACCCGCUCCACACCGUCUACCUCCUCUUCUUCGCGUGCCUCGUGGCGCUAGCGGCCUUCUUCUGGCCUCUCCUCGUCUCCACGUCGCUCCUCCUCGCCGUGCUCGCCACCGUCGGGCCGUAUGUCGCCGGCGCCGGCGCUGGCGACUGGCCCCGCGGGGUCAGAUCGUCCCUCGGCAGGACCUGCGGCAUUGCCGUCGCCGCGCUCUGCGCCGAGCUCCGGCCGCCCGACGGUGCCCCCGCGGGGCUGGUCGCGCAGCUCUGCUCCUUCGUCCUUGGCCCCACCGACGCUGCCUCCGUUCUCCACGUCGAGGAGAUCAUGGGUGAGCCCUGCAACGUUAUUAUUACAGCUUCUUGCUUUGUGCCUGAGGUUGAGGAGGAGCAGAGCUUGUUGUUAAUUGGUGGUGACGACUGCAAAGAGCCUGCAUUUGCGCUCCCUGUAAUGGAUUACAUUGGUGACAGAAGCUUCUUGGAUUAUGAGAGUUUCGGUGAUUUGAAGGACAGAAUCGAUGAGAAACUUGUUAUUUCCGAGGAUAUGAAGGGCUCUGAUCCUUUGGCUCAGCAGUGUUGCUUGCCCAGAGACACAUUAUUUCUGCAAGAAAUGGAAGCAGAGGAAGAAGAGAGCGCCAUUCAGGGGCAGGACUUGAUUUUGUCAGCCAGUGAUGAGGUCACCGAUGGUGUUGAGGAGAAGAGAUUGGAGUGUGACCCAGUGUCAGUAGAGAUCAAGAAAUCCGAGCCAGUGCAAGUAUUGGAGACCAGGAAAUCUGAGCCAUUGCAAGCAAUGGAGAUCACGGAAUUGGAGCCGUUGGAACCAAUGGAGGCCAAGGAACUGGAGAUCAAGAAAUUUGAGCCACUUCAUGCAAUUGAGAUCAAGAAAUGUGAGCCAGUGCAAGCAGUGCAGAUCAAGAAUUCUGAGCCUGCAGAACCACCUGAGGUCAAGGAAUGUGAGACAGUGCAAAAAGUACAGAUCAAGAAAUUUCAGCCCACACUGGAGAUCAAGAAGUCUGAGCCAGUUGAAUCAGUGGAGAUCAAGAAAAAUGAGCUGGUGAAACCACGUUCUUUGAUUGCCCAGCGCAUCAAACUAUGGGAAGCACAAGUAGUAUCUGGCAAUGCCAAUCCAUUUGUUGGGGACGGGGAGGAAAAUUCAGUGGAAUUCAGUUUGAAAAAUAAGUCAGCAGCCAAGUAUGGAAAGAAAUGCGUGCGGUUUGAGGCUGAUCCUUGUGCUGAGAAAUGCGGAAGUAAUCAGCAAGCUCAAAUUGCUGUUUCCACUCAAGAAUGUGUCGAACAACAGCAAGAGCAAGAGUUUAAGGAUGUCAAAGAGUAUAUGCACUGGGAGACCGAAGCUAGUGAUAAAUGCAGCCAAGACAUGAAGGCUGAAGAAAUCACUCCUGCUGUCGUCGCACAGGCUGAACAAGAGAUGCUGGAACAAGGCUGCAACGAUGUGCAACCUGAGCCAGAUUUGGAAGAGCUGGAGUACGAGAUGACGCAACCUGAACAAGAACUUGAUGAAAUGGAGGAGGUGUACAACGACGUGACACAAUCUCCAGCCAUGUGGAAUGAGAUGGAGAGUCCACUGAAGUCGACAUCGAUCACCGGCCGAGUGCACUCGCGGGCCUCGUCGGAGAACCUCCUCAGCGAGGGGUCGCCGUCGCGGAAGGACAAGGAGUGGAAGAGGACGCUGGCGUGCAAGCUCUAUGAGGAGCGCAUGCAGCUCAGGCUGUGCCGCGACAGUGCCGUGGUGGAGGGCAGCGACAACAUGGACAUGCUCUGGGAGGCCUACGAGGUGGGCAGCGGUGGUAACAAGGGCAGAGGCGGGAAGCGCAGUGGCAGCAAGGUGAAAGGCAGCACCGGCAAGGUUGAGGAUGCUGUUGAGGAAGGAGAGGAAGAGGAGGAGGACGACGACGACAACGAAGGUUCAGUGAGGCAGCUAUGCUGCCUGCAGGCCCUCAAGUUCUCCACCAGGAAGAUGAACUUUGGAGGCGGCAGGCCUAGCCUGUCCAAGAUCUCCAAGGUCCUAAAGAGGAUGACCGCAUUGUCGAGGAUGGGAUCGCGGCGCAAACAGUCUGAAUGA